ACCCAGGCAUCGGUCCCUUGAAAUCGCGCCCAAAGCCCGUGCCUCGGUUUCCCCGGGGCCCGGGUCCCACGCCGGCGGCCCUGCAGAGCUUGCGCUGUUCUGUCCUCUGAGCAGUUGCUUCCCGGUUGCCCUGGACCCGCUGAGCAGUCACAAAAACUGCUCUUCGGGGUUGCUCUAGUCACUCCUUCCCAGAGGGCUGGAUAUUGGGGUUCGCCUUUGCAGAUGUGUAGACAGGUCAAGAGAGCUUACAGCUUGCUUGGGGCCACACAGCUGGACACUCCAGGGCUGACAUUUGAACCCAGAGAAGACCAGGCUGAGACUGGAGCUGGGCGGACCUGAGCCGGGAAGGGAGUGCUGACCUGAGAGGCCCUGGUUCCCCACCGCCCCCGGGCCACCAUGAAGCUGAACGAGCGCAGCCUGGCCUUCUAUGCCACCUGCGACGCCCCGGUGGACAACGCCGGCUUCCUGCACAAGAAGGGCGGCCGGCACGCGGCCUACCAGCGCCGCUGGUUCGUGCUGCGGGGCAACAUGCUCUUCUACUUCGAGGACCCGGCCAGCCGCGAGCCCGUGGGCGUCAUCAUCCUGGAGGGCUGCACCGUGGAGCUGGUGGAGGCCUCCGAGGAGUUCGCCUUCGCUGUGCGUUUCGCGGGGGCCCGCACGCGCACCUACGUGCUGGCUGCUGAGAGCCAGGCCGCCAUGGAGGGCUGGGUGAAGGCACUGUCGCGGGCCAGCUUCGACUACCUGCGGCUGGUGGUGCGCGAGCUGGAGCAGCAGCUGGCCGCCAUGCGCGUGGGGGGCGGCCGGCCUGUGCCCCGCCGGCCCCCUGGCCCCCCGCCCAAGGAGAACGGCUGCGCCGUCUGGAGCGCCCAGGCCCCCGCAGGCCCCUCUCCUGGCCCGCGACCUGGCCCCGAGCCCCCGCCCCUGCCCCCACGCCGGCGGGCCUCCGUGCCCAACGGGCCGCUGGACAGGGCCUCCUUCAGCGAACUGCACGAGUGGUACGGGCAGGAGGUACGGGCUCUGAGGAGCCAGUGGUUCAGGGGCCAGGCCCAGCCCUGAAGAGGGGAGCUGUCACCUGGCGGGUCUGUGGGACUCCAGCCCCCGCCCCUGCUGACAGCAGGCCGGGGGCUGGUCCCCAGGGGAGUUGUGGGCAGCCUCCCCCCGAGGUUCCUGAGUGGCCUGUUUUCAGGGGACUCGAGGUCUCGAGAAGAUGGUAGAUUCUGAGAGGUGCUUGGGGACUGUGUGACUCGGAGAAAGCCCUGCUCCGGGGGCACCUGCCCAGUGAUUCUCAGGCAAACUCAGGGCUUGGCCGAGCCUUAAGAAGCCUGGAGGCCGCAUUGGGAGCUGUAGCCCCAGGUCUGGCCUGCAGGGGCCGGGCUAGACUCACCCAGCCAAAGCCUGUUGCCGGCAACCGGUCUGGCUGGGUUGACUGGGACCUGACCAGCCCUGUGGCCUGGUCCCAGCGGUGCCUGACGGGGCCUGGAUGUGCAGAGAGAGGGCUCGCUGUGCCAGCUGCGGCAGGGCCUGACUCCAUGUGCUCCGAGCUACCUGCCUGCCUGCCUCCAGGGGCAGCAGGGGCGCAGGUUUUACAGCGUGCUCCCAAGGGCUCCUUAUCUGGGGUGAGGCAGGACUUUCCUCAGGCCACAGCCAGGCCUAGAGGGGCUGCUCCUAGCUCAGCUGCUGCUGGCAGAGACCGCUGGCCUCAGGCCAUGUCUGGUCCACAGCAGCUCUCCUGACACUCCCUAACCACAUCCUUCGUCCCUCCCCAGAGCCAGCGCUUCCACCCAGGCCAGGCCACGCUGAGGCGGGGCCUCUCCAGAGCUGGCCUGACCUGGUGUGGUGCUGGGAUGGGCAGUGGUGGCCUGGGCUGACUUUCUAGCAGGUUCUGCUAGGGAGGGUGGACACUCGCUGACUUGCUGCCCAGGAAGGGCACAGGUACGGAGCCAGUGGGGGAAAAGAAGGCCCUACAAAGUGGGGCUUGCCUUUCAGACCCCUCUCCUUCCAUCACCACCGCCCCCCCCAGGCUCACAGGCUCAGCCCCUCCCACUCCUGAUAUUCCAAAGGGGAAAACUUUGCUUCAGGCCAACUACUGUUUUCUGUUCUCACCAAGGUGGCCCUUCUUCAUGCAGGGAGAAUCUCGGGGGCUGGGACACCCCCCCAGCCCUCAAGCUGGGUCAUGUUUACAGUCCUUAGUGCCCCACCCUGGGGAUCCCUGAGGACACCUGCACCCCAACCUUUCUUCCCUCAGAGGGUCCCUCUGGUGACAGACAGACUCGGCCCCUUGGAGCUUCUUUAGAGACCCUGGGGCUUGGGGAAGAGUUGGGGGCUGGCUCUUGUCUGCAGCCACAUCUCACUGCUGGUUCAGUGGCCUAGGCUUCAGUGUUAAUUUAAUUUUUAAUAUUUAGGGUUUUUCCCCCUCGCAGCAAAGCUUGGUGUGCCUACUGCUUCUGUGUCAUCUUAGGUCCUGGGAAGGGAUGGGUGCCUUGGCUCUGGCUUGGCCAGGGAAGGGGGUAGGCCCUGCCCCCAGGAAGAGGCCUCUGCUGGCACCUCAAGGAGAACCUCGUCCAGUUCUUCUCCCAGCACCAGCGGGCACCUCUUGGGGCUUGGUACGUUCAGUGCCCCUCCCUCCUGAGUCCUGAGUGAUGGGGGUAAGGUCUCUUGCCCCUAGACUCUGGGUCUGGGAUGGAGGGGAGUAUUAGGAGCUGCCUGGAACCAGGCCCGGCCAGACCCAGUGGGCUGGUGGGAUGUUGGCUCCAGUUCAGGUACAAGUUUACAAGUUCUAAGGUACAGUGACUGGUGGCCCAGCCCCCGAAGCACAAGAGGGGGGUCAGGCUAUGCUCAGACUUGGACCAGAGCGGGAGAUGUCGGGCACCCUGGGUGGGGUGUAAAGCCUAAAAUAAAAGUCUGUUCAGUCGUGGCUGGUUGUGUUGUUUUUCCUCUUGAUCCAUGUGCCUGGCAGGGUGGGGGGCAGGCCCCAAGGGGAGUGGCGUCAGUGUGAGGCUCUGCCAGAGGUUCUCCCGGCCACAGACAGGGAACAGGAGUGAGAGGCGCAGACGCCUGCUGAGUGCACACAGCAGACCAGGGAUGUGAGCUGCACUUCUGUGAGAGGGGGCGGAACCUUCUGGAGUCAUAAAGUGCCUGCUCCGGGGAGAGAAGGCAGGGGAAGGGGAUGGCGCGGGCUGAAGCCCUGACAGCUGGGAGGCCCAUCUGGGAAGGCAAACGGAAGAGUCAGUGCCUGGUUCUUGUCACUGAUCAUUUCGUGGAGGCUUUUUGGGGGGCCUGAACUUGGGGGGCUCCAAUGCCAGGGCACCAAUGCAAGUUCAGAGGGAGCAAGCCUGCUAUUGAUCAGUCAUGUCUGUUGUGAGCACAAGGUAGAUGAGGAAGCUCAAGCUGCAGAUCAUCGAGUCUGUUGGGCUGAGGGGAUUCACAGCCAGAAAGCGGCUCGCCCAAGGUCACCCAGGAACACGUGGGAUGGUCCCAAUGUGAAUUCAGCGCCCGGGUCACAGGUUUGCUUUCUAGCCUGGGAAAAUCUUGCACAUCCUGGAAAAUGCGGUGUAGGACGAGCAACCUACUGCCCUUGGUUGGCAGAACGAGAUGAAGCCACUCGUGAGCACCCAGCGAGCGCUGAGUAAUCCCUUCCACUUUCCCGGGCUGGGCUGCCAGAUGGGGCUGGGGAAGUGGCUCCCCGCACAGGCUGAGUCAGCCACCACAGGGCAUGGGGGCACAGAUGGGGGACCCAGCAGGAGAGCACCCCAAGAGGGAGGAU